AUGGCUUCCAUCAACGAGAAGACCGCCUUCACUGUCGCUCAUGAAGAGCAGGAGCAGCUCCCUGUUCCCGUCAUGGCUGGUGGCACCGGCCAUGCCGCCACCAGCAAGUCUGGCAUGAUCGUCUGGGGUCUCAAGGCCCUUCUCACUGUCUGCUGCCUCGGUCUGGGCAUCACUCUCCUCUGCCAGCUGGCUGCUUCUGAGGCGUCUUUCGCCGACCUGGCCAACAAGUUCUACUCCCUUGAGAAGAUGGUUGACCCUAACGGCACUCUCACUCACACCAACCUUGCGCGCGAUCUCGGUCUCGCUGCCGAUGGCACCUCGUCUACUUCGUGCCUCUCUGAGAUCACUCUGACUCCUGGCUUCACCACUCAGACUGCGCUCCCUGUUCAGGGAACUCAGGAUGCUGUCUUGACCUCCUAUGAGACUAUCUACACCCAGACCACUGUCACUCUGACCUCUGCCAUUGGUGAUGCUACUCCUGCUAUCGACGGCUACACCAGCACCACUACAAUCACCGAGCCGUCCUCCACCAUGACUGUCACCAUUGCCUCGGCCGAGUCUGGUGCCGACUGCUCUGCUGGUGUUCCCUCGACUGUCACCAUCUAUGUGACUGGAACUCCCGAGUUGGCCACCCCGUACGAGACCACCUCCACCGCAACUGGUCUCCCUGAUAGCAUCUCGCAUGUUCUUACCACUGUCUACACCACCCUGACCUCCACCAUGGGCGACGCCGAGACCGUCAUCACCUCUCAGAUCGUCCAGACUGAGACCGAGAUCGUCACCAUUGGCCUGUACUCUUCUUCCUCUUCAUCCUCCUCGGACUUCUACGAGACCUGGUCCGUCGAUGGCGCCAGCGCCAGCGCAGAGCUGUCUUCUUCCGCCCUGACCACCACGACCACGACCGCCCCCGUCGUCGCGCCGUUCCUCACCACCACCAUCAACGGCUCGACCUACGCCAACAUCACCAGCGGCGGCGGCAGCGGCUACCUGUCGCUCGUGACCGCGACCUACACCUCCACCGUCCUGGGCAGCCACAACGCGAGCUUCGUGCCCGCCACGGCCACCCUCGCCCCCUUUUCCGGCGGCGAGAAGCUCGCCUGCCCCCUCGGCAAGUUCAUGACUGGCGGCCUUGGCGGCAUCGUCGUCGUCGCCGUUCUCAUGACCGCUUUCGCCUAA